AUCGUGUUAUCACUAUACCACACAAGUUGUAGGAAGAUUAUCUUAUUAAAAAUAUUACUGACGAUAAUGUUGUAAUAUGUUAUAAUUUAUAUAUUGUAAUUUAUUAGUACUACUUUGCCCAAAAAGAUAAAUUUAAAAUACAUUGUGUCAACUUAAAACCUUGUCUGAAUGACAAAUGGUCACGAGUAAAGAAUAAAUAAGCUGUGAGUAACUAAAAUUAAUAAAUUAUGCAACUGUGAUGAAAUUGUGUAUGUACAUUUUGAAUAGCUGUAAGAUUUUUCAGACUUUGUUUGAUAUUAGUGUUCUCUGAAUAUAUUGGUUUUCCUAAGCUACCAGUAAAUUGAUUUUUUGGUUGAAAAAAUACUUCUUAGUUAAUCAAAUUUCUUAUUGACUGGUAUCAAUUUUAUUUCUUUCAUAGCCUCAAGCUUCUCUAUUUGAACUUUCACUAAACAACGAUCAAGAUAUUUUAUAAUUUGACUUUUUAUUUCACUGCUGUAGUACCUAAUUCAAAUUUCACUAAACAUGUUUUAGAAAAUAACCAUAAUAUAAGUUUUUAUAUUAAUACAGACUUAGAAAUACUAUAUACCCAAAAUAACAUUUACAUUAUUCAGUUUUAGAAAAAUUACACAAUGAAAUAAAGAUAAAUAAUUUUAAUAAUAUUUUAAAUGUUCAAACCGAUUUUAUAAUUAAUAUCUUAUUUCAAUACAAUUUAGAUAAUAAAUAACAACCAAAUAAUUUAUAUUUCUCAACAUAUUUAUGUCUAAUAAUAACUAAUCUUAAAUAGUCUCUUCUAUUAAAAUAGAUUAUUUUUAUAUUCUAUGUACUUAAUGUACAUAGAAUUACAUAGAAUUUUCUAUAUAUUCUUUCAUUCAAUUUUGUAUAUUCAGUCGCGUUUUACAUUUUGACUGUGAUAUAUCUGAUAAUGAAUUUUUAAUUCAAAACUGGUCGUGUAAUACACUUAUCAUAAUACUCCAGGCGACCUAUUGAUUCAUUUAUUUAUUUUAUUUUUGUAUAUACAUUUUUAUUUACUUUAUUAAUAAAUUAUUAUCAAGGUUAAAUAUUAUCUAAACUGUUUUUAAAAAUGUGUCAUUUUUUUAAUCAAUUUAUUUUAUAUUUGCAUUUAUGGAUUUAUUAUAUAGUUUUGUUCAAACCUAUUAGAUUAUUAUUACCUUUGUUUUACCUAUUAGAUUCUGAGUGAAGCGAGAAAUGUAUUGGUUUUAUUAUAUUGAUUUUUUUGUUGAUAUUUACCACUAACCGAUUCAAAAACUACAUUAUGAUCAGUUACAAUAUGUUGCUUCAGCUCAUUCCUUAAAUAAUAUUUUGAUCCACAAAUAGGUCAAAUUAUUCUGUGUUGAAAAUAAUUAUUGCAGUCAAUACCCAUAUUGCGAAAACGAGAUUGCAAAUUAUAAUUUGAGUUGGUGAAAUAUGGACAUUAUUCGCAUUUGAAUUGUGAAUACUGUCCAUGUAUAUUUUUUACGUGACGAAUCAAGUUUGAUUUAAAUUUUGUGAAAAAAUUACAAUAAUAACACUUUUCCAUAAUUAAAAGAAAUAAAUGUCAAUCCUUGACUAAUUCCCUUUAAGUCAAGCUAUUACUAUGUAAGUUACGCUACUACCAAAUCAAGCUCUACCGUGUAUUAUACCUUGGGUAAUUACGUGAUAGAGCAAUUUCACUAUCAAAAAUCGAUAAAUGAAUAAAUAAAGUAUACAUAUUUGGAAAUACGAUGUUAUUUUCAGAAUAGUAAUAUUAAAGUAAAGACAUACCAAAAUAAUAUUUAAAUUUCUAUACUUGUCAGUUAUCGAUCUUUGAUAAGAUAACCUUCCUACAACUUGUGUGAUAUUAAGAUGGUAAUGUGGUAGCACGAUAGUGUUAACACGAUUCUCCGAACUGCCGUGAUUGCCUCGUUUUAUAUGAAAUAUUUUCAGUUGAAUUAUUUUUCGACCAAAAUACGGUUCGGAUAAAAUAUUUUCGGCUUAAUUAUUUUCCGGACACAAUUCAUUUCCAGUGAUAUAUUUUUCGGACAACAUAAUAUUUUCGUCUAGAUUAUUAUUCGGAUGAAAUAUUUUCAAGUUAUGUAUGUUCGAACGAUAUAUUUUUCGGCCAAAAUACGUUUUUGAUGACAUUUUUUUCCAAAAUCCCAUUUAUACUUCGAUCCGUUAUUUAUUCUUAUCAUUAUUUGGCCUUAACAUUUUCGAACAACCGUACCCACAUCCUAAUCUUCAACCGUAGUUCUGAUAAUAUAUUGAAAUUAAAACAUAGGUGUGUUUUGGUCACCGUUUAUUAACAACAGUGGUUGACCUACAUUUUAUUCGAAAAAUUUUUUUUUUUAAAAAUGUUUACGAAAAUUAUUCGAGCAGAAAAAUGAUUUGACUAGAAAAGUAUUUUAGUAGAAAAAUAAUAUAUACGAAAAGAUAUCGGACGAAAAUAAAAUGCUAGAUUAAUAUUUUACCAGAAAAGUUAUUUUUCCGAAAAUAUUGUUUACGAAAAUAAUUUAUUAGAAAAUUAGUUUUACCAAAUACAAUUAGAACGUGUGUUUUGCACAGCAUAGACUAUAUGUAUAGACUACGGUUUAAGAUAGGUACCUUAAGAUAUAUCUUAAUUCGUGAUAUAGACUGAUGCCAUUGACUGUGAUAAAAUUGAUAACCUCUUGAAUGUAUGAUAACAACCAUAAUCGACUGAAUUUAUCUUCGAACUAAUAUUUAUUUUUAAUAUGGUCCAAGGAAUUUAUCAUUGAUACAAUGAUUAAAACUCAAUCAACGUAUUUGUAUUUGGAUUUUAUUUACCGCAACAAUUUCAAGUAACUAUUUAAAUAAAAUUUGAUACUAUUAAGUAUCGUAUUUUUCAAGAAAUUAGAAAGAUUAAAGAUGAUAUAAAGAAAAAUCGUACCCGGGCUAAAUUAACGAAACUUAAGUAUCCAUUUCAGACACGAAUAAAUUCAAUUGAGUACCUAUUAUUAUACUAAAUUUUCAUAAACUAGAGUUGUGAUUUAUAUAAUGUAUACUUUUUUUUUCUAUUAGCGUAUCAUGUAGGUAUAUUAAUUAUAAUGUCAUUUGAAUGAUUUUGUUAAAAUAUUAAUAAAUAAUGAUUAUGUAUUAUUAAAAAGUACGAAUUAAGUUUAACUAGCUUAAUUUGUACUAAAUAAAAGUAAAAUGAGUUCUAUUGAUUAUUUUUUAUCAAGUUUUCAACUACGGUUAAUAUUAUCUUUAAUCGUGUUUACAACUGUAUUGAUAAAACCUCAUAUAACCUUAAAUUGGAAAAAUGUUUGGUAUAAACCAAAUAAACCAAAUGGACUCAUGGUCCAUUCCACAUAAAGUUUAAACUAUAAACAUGGAGCAAUAAUAUUUAUAACGACCCGAUCUACCCGCGACAGUCAAUUACCGAAGUUGUUCGUAUUCUGGUCAGUUUUUGUUUUCUAUGUAUUCACCAUUGUUUAUCAAACGUCAAUUUAUUCAAUUAUUCAAUUUCUAAACAUUUGUUCAAUUUAUUCAAAAUUAUACAGCGUAAGUUCUUAUUUUAGUUUUGUUACUUCAUUUAUUAUUUACAUAUUAUAUCAAAUAUGUCAAACACGAAUUAUGAACUUGACAAACAAAUUUAAAUAUGUCUACUUUCCUGAUAUCAGGACCUUUUCGUUUUUGUUUUUUUUUUUUUCAAAUAAUGUUUAGAAAAAUAUAAUUAUCAUGCUUAAUUUUAAAAUUUUACUAGUAUUUGUGUGAAGACCGCUUACUGACCAGCUCAAGUGCCUUUGCAGAACAACUUUCUGCAAAUAUUAUAUUACAUUUUUAUAUCAUUCAUUUUUAAUUAUAUUCCUUUACUUAUUAUUCAUGCUAUUAUAUUAUUUUAUUAUUCAUUAUUUAUAUAAUUAAGAAAUCAACUUUUUUUUUAAAAAAAAAAAAAUAAAUGAAAUCUUGACUUUUUCCAUGGACUUUUUUUUUUUGGAAUUCCUAAUUCUCACUAUGCAAGACUGGGCUCUUGCUGUUAACUCCAUUCAUAGGCAAAAUAAUUAAAGAAAAGUACCUACAUAACUCUACUUAUAAGGAACGAAUUCAAUCACAAACUAAUAAAAACCACCUAACUUUUUUUAUAUUUUACUACACACUACUUACUAAUAUCACAUUAAUUUACAAGAUUAAUAUUUCAACCAUGCAGAGACCGCAUAAAAUAAAUCAAUGGAUGCAUGCCAUUAGUUGUAGAUCUAGAUAGAUAGUCAAGAUAAUCUAGUCAAGAGAUACAAUAGAAAAUGCUUAAAAAUAUAUUUUUUUUUUUUUCAAAAAUGAUGUGUAUUAAUUAUUAAAACUUUCGUACCUACCUAUAUAAGUAUACAAUUUUUAUAAUUUGUUUAAGUGGUUUUUCUCUGUUUUAUGUUUUAUAGAAUGGCUUUUGUUGAAUCUAGUGAAUCUACGGUGUUGAAAUUCAUACGAGAUUUUUUUUCAUGUUUUGAUACAAAUCGUCACAUCGUCCAUACGCUAUUUUCAGAAGAUGGUACACUUGUGAUAUUCGGAAAUCGUGUAGAAGGCCAACAAAGUAUAAAAGAAGCCAUGUUAUCUUUAGUUUCUACCACUCACAAUCUUCUUACUGUGGACAUACAAAAUCUGCCUUUAGCUUUGCCAAACAGUAUAAGUAUAUAUCAAGUUAUGUGUCAUGGUAUUGUUAAAAUGGGUAGUAAUCCUCAGGAACAAGGAUUUAGUACUACUUUUAUUGUGUCAUUCCAACACCCAAGUAAAUUAAAUGUUAUAAGUUUUGUAGACCGAAUGCAAUGGGGUGUUUUGUCGUAAAUAUAUUUAUAUUUGUAAAAUGUAUAUAUCUUUUAAAUAAUUGAAUUCCUAAUUAAACAAAAAAAUGUUUUUAUCGUAGAGCAUUACAAGUUUCAAGAUGAUUCUAUUAUUAAUGGUUUUUUAUCCAAACAUUUGAAAUAAUUGUUAUUUAAGAUAAUUAUUCAAUUAAAAGUAGUAUUUCUUUUUAUUAAUUCUGUGAGAAUUAAUAAAAAAAAUAAUAAUUAUUAAUUAAUAAUUCAAAUGUUAAAAAUAGGAAGGAAGACUUGUUGUUUUGAUAAAUUCUACUCUAAAUAUUCAUAAAGUUAUACUUAUGGUGAGGCAGUACCAAUGAUAUAAUGUAUCUUUUGAAGUUUUACUACAGUAUUGAUUAUUUGUUUGAAAUAAGAAAUCUAAGAUAUACCAACAUACUUAAAUUAAUGUAAAACCCAACAAAUCUGGUUGUGUUAAUUGUUUUAUAAUAAACAUUUAUACUAAUAGUUCUAUUGGUCCAAUGGAUAUUUGUAAUAACAUAUUAGGCUGUAUACAUUUUAGGGCUCUGCUACAUUAUCUUUCUUCCGUUAUUAUAUUGAUAAAACAGUAUUUUAAAAUAGUAAUCAGUAAAAAAUAACAACAGAAAAAAACCAAAAAAUAUUUUACUUAAUAUAAUUUUUAAAAAUAUUGAAACAUAAAAAAUGUAUUUCUUAUGAAAAAUAUUAGUUUUCUAAUAGGAAAAAAGUAUUUAAAAAAAAAUCAACUGUCCUACAUUGGGAAGGAUUAUCCUUCAUUUAUUUGAUUUAUCCUACAUUUAACAACAUUUAAACUUAAUGUAGAACAAUCCUACAUUUCAAAUAUCAAUAUAUAGAUUUUAAUAAGUUAUACUUAAUACUCAAUACUUAAUUGAGUCGAUAAGGAGAUAUCAUUUCAGUAUUUUUAAUAAAUAUGAUUAAGUACAAUAUGUUUAAGUUCACAUGAGCAUUAUAAACUUAGAAAAAGAGGUGUGGUCUGAAAUAUUAUAAGCUCAUUCAAUUUAUAAUGUAUUAUAUAGACUAAGAAAUCAUUUUCAGAGGUUCUAAAUCUAAUUCUGGACGAAAUCAUCUAUAUAACAUCUCGAAUUUGUGACUUGUCACCAUAUUAACAAUUAUUUGUGACACUUAGAUACUUACCAGAUAGUUAGGUUAUUAAUUACGAUGGAAUUUCAAAUUUGAAAGAACUUGAUUUUUUGAAGAAAAUAUGUUUCUCUACCACCAAACCCACUAUAUCUGUUAAAAAAAUGAUCAAAUGUUAUCAGUAACAUAAUAUUUACAUAUUUAUAUUUAUUUAUGUGUAUUUAUUGAAACAUAUUUAUUUCUGAAUAUGUAAACAUAUUAUUUUUAUUGUUAGAUUAUUAGGAGCUGGAUCACAAAUUAAUUUUUUUUUACUAUUGCUUAUUAUUUAUAAACAAUUGAACACAUUUACCAGAAAUAUUAUUUUUUUAUUUUAUUUCCUUAUAUGUUUAUUUUUGAAUAUCUAAAUAUUAUAUUAUUUUUUAAGAUUUUUUAUAACCAGU